UGUUCUUUCCGCUUUCCACCCUCCCUGCGCUCGCCGGAGAAGAAUGAGGCUUUAAACUCAACUCGGGGACGUGGGCGGGGGGAAACAACAGGGCUUCUGCAGAGCCUGGGCGCGCGUCUGCACCAUGCGAGAGAAGAGGCUCACCACCGUGCCUCCCUGCAUAAGAGAGAAUGAAUUUGAAGAGUAUUUAGCAACUGACAAUUUACUUGUAGACUUCUUCAAUGAAUUUUUGGGUCUCCCAACAUUUGCAGAACCAAUUCAAUUUAAUCCCGAUUUUGGAAUUUUUGAAGUUGCUAGUGAUGUCCCACAGAGCAUGGAAAACCAGCUAAAACAGAUGCUUCGGGAUCAGAAACCUCGAAAUCCCAUUUAUGAUGUUACAAGGCAGACAAAGAUACAAACCUCUUUUUCUAAAGAUAUUAACACUCCCCCUUCCUCGACCUUCAGUUUUAAUCCAAAUUAUUCAACCAUGAGUCUGAAUCGAGAACAAGCUAUUGAAUGGAUAAAAAAGAAUAGAUUUCCAGCAUUUUUAGAAAGUGAUUGCUACUUUGAAUACAGAUUAGCCAAACUUAUUUCACAGGUGGAAUGGAGCAAAACUGGGAUCAGUUUUGUUAUAGACAAAAACUAUUAUCCUUGGUUCUCAAAAAGUCCACCCACCAUAGAAAGCCCUGAGGACAAUGAAGAUGAUUUGAUUAUGAAAAGGUUCUACGUUUCUCUUGGCCAGGCUACUGUUACUCAGACACAGGAUUGGUUUACUCUAGCCAAGCAAAGUCAGAACAUGAUCAUUACUGAUUCUAUGACCCGUCCUGUGACAUCUUCUCGUGUUCAUUUUUCAACUGAUACUUCAAAGUCAUGGUCUACACAUGAAGAUAUAAAGUCUCAAGAACUGUUUAACUCUUCUUCAUCCAUUAUUAAUGCUUCUACUUACAGUGGUCACUUAGGUCCUGAAUCCAGAAUUAAGAAGCCCAAUUUAACUGAUGUCCCACUUCUUCAAAAGAUAGAAGCCAGAAGAAGCAUCGAUGAAGGUUAUUCUUUGUCACUUCCUGAUACUCCUUCACGCACAUUAUUAAGAGCAUACUUAGGACAAGACUGGGAGGUUACUCCUCAGGAGGGAAAGAGUGACGACUUCAUCCAAUAUCAAGAAUUGGCAUCUUUUCACUCUUUGAAUGAGUUUUCUUUCGCCUUUGUUAAAUAUGUACUAAAAAACUCUGUUGCAGCAGUCACUGGCCAGCCACCUGAAUACAGUCCUUUUGACAUCAAUUUCAAUAAAACAACUAGAGUUUAUAUAUAUGAGUUAGCAAGCAGUGAACAGUCCAUAGAGUCAGCCUUUGAAAAGUCUUCUUUUGUUGAUGGAACGGUUGAUGGAACAGAUGUGAAGAGUGACAUUUCUGCAAAAUCAGAAAAGGAUAAUACUGAAACCAGAGCUGCUUGGUGUGUUAGCCACAAGACGUAUGACAUUGGUAACAGACAUGAAUUUGAAAGAUUUAAAAAAUUCAUCAGAGGAACUUUGGGAGAAAAAUACUGGUGGCUUUGGAUAGAUAUUGAACGACUGAAGGUCCUGAAGACUUUUAAAAGGCAGAAAAGACAGCUUGAUCGGAUGAAAAAAUUAUACCUGGCAAGCAAUGGAGAUUAUUACCUGACUUUUGAAGUUCUGUUCAAGCUCAACCUGGUGGAUGGCGAUCAAUGGAAUGUGUAUAAUUUAAAGGGCAUCCAGUCUGAAGUAGUGAAACCUUUGCUUCUUUACUGGGGUCCCCGAUUUUGUGUAACUCAUAAAGCUACCAUUCAAGCCACCGUUACCAAGCUGAAAAUCUGGCACGCUCGGCAACAGAAACCACGAAUUGAUGUGGAUCCUUUCCCACAGAUGGUGUCCCUGCUGCCACUCAGGCCGAAAUCUUGCAUGCCAAAAAUAGCAUUUCCAUGUUUUCAGAGAGGAGAAACUGGAUUAACCCCGACUUUUUCAAAAGGAGCGGUGAUGGAUAUCUGUCCCCAAAGGUCUACCAGGCUGUUAUCUGCAAUUCUACCUCAAGGUCAAACUGCUGUUCAGGAAGAUCCUUAUGACUUAAUUAGCUUAGAAAAUAUUAGGAGAAGGCCAGCAACAGUGUGCAGCACUGUGUCUCACAUGACACUUCAUGAUAGAAUGGAUUACCUGAAACCACAACUAGGCCGAAAAUAUACCUAUGCAGAAAUGAUCCCUGGUAAAAUCGCCCCAGAUUAUUCCGAACUUGGAAGUUCUAAAAUGGAAAGAAUGCUGCAAUCUCUUUACUUGGAGAACAGAGCAGGUUACGUCUUCACUGACUUCUGUGAGAAAUCAGGCAAUAGGCUAUGGAAGAACAGCGCAUAUUUUUGGUUUGACCUACAGGAUUAUCAUCAGCUUUUCUAUCAAGAAACCCUCCAUCCUUUGAAACUAUGCAAGCAAGCACAACUUCUUUAUGCCAAUUAUAUUGCUCCUUCUGCUGUUAUGGAUCUUGGAAUAGAACAGACUACAAAAAAUGAGAUUUACAAAAGAAUUGAUCCGCCAUUUGAAGAUCUUUUUGACCCAGCAGAAGAAUAUAUCCUCACCCUUCUUUUGGUUCCAUGGAUGAAGAUGAUAGAGGAAGACCGAGAAACGUAUGGGAAGGUGGAGCUGGUGGAAGAAAUUCGACAGCUGGACUCAGUGUACUUUAAAAAGCUGAAGGCUUUGCAGGCAGAGGGCAUGUCCAAGAAGGAUGAGGCUUUGGCAGUUGAAGAAGUUCUCCGGAAGUCAGAGUCUAUUCGGCUUGUAGAUUCCAUUGAACAAGACUAUCCUGAAGGUUUCAAAUUAUACUCCAUUAUGAAAUUGCUUAACAACAGGACAGAUCUGGAACAAUUCCGUAUCUUUCUUGAGAAGCAAUCAGCAAGUGCGGACCUCCUGUGCUGGAUAGACAUUGAGCAGUUCAGAAGAAUGUUACACAAAAAUAAAGUACAACGAGAGGAAAAAUCUAAGGACAUUAAAAAGAAAUAUCUAAACAAGAAAUAUUUCUUUGGACCUGACAGCCCAGCUACAAAAGAAGAACAAGAGCAGGUAAUGAAGUCAUGUGGAGGCUGGGGGCAAGUACUUCAUGAACUAGUUUCUCCUGUAAUCUUGUUAGACGUUCAAAAGUAUGCCCAGAAGAGAUUAGAGAAUAAGUGGUUGCCACAGUUUUAUAACCGUAAAGACUUGGAAACAUGGAAAACACCAAAGCUACAUAUGGAAGAGGCAGCAGAAGACAUUUUAAUUCAGGAGCAGGAAAAGAAAGAAGCACCAUGGAAGCAUACGAAGAAUUGGGUGCUUUCGUCUAAGGAAAUCAUUACUUUCCGUAAAGCUCUGAUGAAUCCCAUCACAGCUCUUCAGUUUCAACACUUUGUGUCCUUGAAAGGAGAUUUAUUGGGGAAUGGAGUGAUUUUCUGGCAGGAGGUACAGAAAUAUAAGGACCUGUGCCAUUCUCACUGUGAUGAGUCCAUUAUUCAGGAUAAGAUCACAACUAUUAUCAACUGCUUUAUUAAUUCUGCCAUUCCACCUGCUCUUCAGAUUGACAUACCUCAGGACCAAGCCCAAAAGAUCAUUGAACACAGGAAAGAGCUAGGCCCAUAUGUGUUUAGAGAAGCACAGAUGACUAUUUUUGCGCUUCUCUUUAAAUUUUGGCCAAUGUUUUGUGAAUUUCGAGGUAAUUUGAUUGAUGAGUCUAUUUUGCCUUGCUUGGAAAGAGAAAAGAAGAUACAGAAAUUAAAAAAAGCAAAAGAAUUAGAAGAGAAGGCACACAGGAAGAAAAGUUCCAUUCCUGGGAAAAUAGGUUCAGCUAUUGAUUCGAAACUGAGUAUGGCUGAAUUUUCGCCAUCAACAAGCUUCUCUGGAUUGGGCCGAGAGUUUUUCUGGUCUUAUUCAAAGUACAUAGAAGCUCUUGAACAAGAAAGGAUUCUCCUGCAGGUUCAAGAAGAUUUAGAGAAAAAAUCAGUUGCAGCAUCUGCUUAUUCAGGUCUCUCAUCUUUCCUCGCUCUGAAAAGUGAUACAGUCAUAAGCUCCGAAAAAUCAAUUCCCCCAGCAAACUUCAGCACAGCUUUUGUGAAGCAACGUUCAUUCCUAUCUAAAGAUACUGCAAGACCAUCAAAAUUUUAAGGAAACUGGUGAAGAAAUGAAGGGUUUGCAUUCACAUUGGGACCACAAUUUAUCAGAAAUAAAUGAAUGUUGCUCACUGGUUUGCCCUAUUUUUCAGAGAUAAGUAACCAAAAGAAGAAAGAAACUAAUUCUGGUGCAUUUGGUGCCAGUGGGACCUUUUUCUUAUAUACUGUACUGUUACAGCCUUCUACAAUUUAACAGCUACGUUAGAAUACAAUUCCUACUAUCUGGAGACAGCAACUUUGCAGUGUCAGAUUGGGAAUCCUGUGCUAUUAUAUUCUUGUUUUUAAUGAAGGAAAAACUGUUAAUUUACUUACAAAAUAUUUAAGAGGUUUGCAGUUCAUUGACACCUAUUAUACUUCACAAGCAGUGGUGGGAUUCAACCGGUGUAACCACUGGUUCGUUGAGUGUGCGUUUCGUUCGCCAAAUGUGUGCUCCAUGCACGCGCAGUUCAUUUCCAAGCCGGUUUAAAAUGUACCUUCGACUGCAGCCCCAGUGAGUAAAACAGCCGAGGAAUGGCAAUCCGCUCUGCCGCGCCUAUCAGCUGGGCUUCAAAAAAGAAAAGAGAAUGAAGGUCAGUAUAGUGCAGGGGUGGGUGGGUGGCCCCACAUGAUCAUCAGAGCUAACUGGUUUGCUCUCAGCUGAUCGUUGGAGCAACCGGCUCGCCCGAACCGGUCCAAAUAGGCUGAAUCCCACCCCUCUUCAUGAGGAUUCUGAAAUGUACUUCUUGGGGCUAACUUCAAGGCAGUUCCUCUUGCUUUCAUUAUAUAGAAGUCUCAGGAACAGGUGUAGAAAACAUCAGGACAUCAGAACAUCAGGGCUGGUGAUAGAGCAAUUUGUAGGGCUUCAAAACAGCAACAUCUGUGACUAUCUGCCAUAUUGUUUCACAGCCACAUCUGAUUCGUACUAUAAAUUACAGUGAGAGCUUGAGCUGAGUUGUGGAUGAUUGCUGCUGAAGGAUUCAAAUACAUUAGUUCUUUCUUCCUUUUGCAAUGUUCAUGUUAAACAAUGAAGUAUGUAUCAAGAGGGAAAAUAUCUGUGGCCCAUAUGUGGUCUUUAUUUGAUGAUUUAAACGUUCUCCAAGAACCUGUCAUUCCAAAAGGGAAAAAUUGGGACCAAAUCCUGCCCCUGGUCCCUCUGGGCAUCAAAGAGGAGGAGGAGGAGGAGGAGGAGGAACCACAAGAAAAACAACAAAUGAAGUCCUUCUGCAAAAUGAUUGCCUUCACCUGUUGUAGAUUAUUUGCUUUAGAUUCAUGAUACAUCAUUAUUUUUUUUUGGCCUUGUGUCUAAGAUCAGAUUCACCAUGCUAGAAAUUUGUUUUCUUUGCCACAUGUCAAACAACUGCUCUCUGGAUUGUUUCUUUUCUAUAACAAGUAUUUAUGUCAUAUAUUAAAAAGAAACUCCCAUUUAGGUAUUUAAUUUUUUUCUCCAGCCAAAUAUAAUAUGAAACCAACAAUGUGCCCAUGUUUUAGAUUUGGACAAUAUUUGUAUCCAAUCCAAACAUCAACCCAUUAAUCCUUUAUAUGGCCCCCAUGAUACCUUCAAACACACUUGAUAACCAAACAACUUGUUCUUCCCGCUCAGUAGCUCCAUUCUGAAUCAGAUUUAGCAGACUUAUUAUAUAAAGGAUAUAAUCCAGGCAUAUGUCAGGGAACAUAAACUUUGCUUGAUUGAUACUUGGUUUUGCAGAAUUGUUUCCACCCACGCAGUAAAACAAUGGUUCCCUUGUGGUUUCGAUAGAAGUGGUGUAAAGUCGAUGUCUUAUUUGUCUGUCGUAAGAAAUAUCAUUGCUUGAUAAUCACAUAGAAUUUUGUGUGACUGGUUAUAAUUCAUCCCUUGAAAUAAAGAUAAAGGUUCCCCUCACACAUACGUGGUAGCUGUUCCCAACUCUAGGGGGCGGUGCUCAUCUCCGUUUCAAAGCUGAAGAGCCAGUGCUGCCCAUGGCCGGCAUGACUAAAUGCCAAAGGCGCAUGGAAUGCUCUUACCUUCCCACCAAAGAUGGUCCCUAUUUUUCUACUUACAUUUUUUACAUGCUUUUUAACUGCUGUUGGCAGAAGCUGGGGCAAGUAACAGGAGCUCACUCUGUUAUGCGGUGCUAGGGAUUCAAACCACCCAACUGUCGACCUUUCUAAUCAACAAGCUCAACGUCUUAGCCACUGAGCCACCACAUCCCCUUCCCUUUGAAUUACCAUCCCUCAGUUUCCCAGAGUAGUUCACGAUUUUAUCCAAUUUAUAUUCUGUCUUUCAAAUCUAAAUUGAAAGAGGGAGGAAUAUAAUCAUGAUCCAGUCAAGUUAGGACCUUCUUUGCACUCUACUUUAUUUUAAGGAGAGAGUGAAACACGUACUCAUAUAUUUUUAUUUGAAAAUCAAUGGUGCUUAAAACUUUUUUAAAACUUUGGAGUGUGAUGGUUUGCGGCAUCUAAAGAUUAGCAGAUCUAUUGUGGUUUUCUAAAGAAAAGAUAUUACGUUUUCAACAUUAUCUAAUAUAGUUGUCAUUUAGGUAUAUUAGGUAUAAAAACAUUUUUAAUCAUAGCAUAUGUGUGAAUUAAUUACCAAAACAACCUUAAUUGAUAUGACCAGCAACAGUUUUAUAGAUGGCAACAUUUAAUAAUUAUUAUGUUUGGAUUGUGACACUUUUAAGGCUUACACAAUUACAAUGGAAUAAUUUUUUCAUAGUUUGACAUCCAUUUGAUUAAACAGAAUAAAAUUAUCUUGAGAAACAUAAUGCAAUACAGGAUACAUAGAAAUGAUUGGAGAAAAGCAGUUGUAAAGAAUGAGGUUAGAAAAAAACGAAUGGCAGACAGUAAAUACAAGGGCAGUCAUUCACUAAUUUGUGGCUUUGUUGACAGCAAGUCAUUUUUCACUGUUUUGUAACAUUGUGGUUAGUCUUAAUAAACGUGUUAAUAAACUAGCAGUUUAUAACUUUU